AGCACCUUCAUUUUUGAGCUAUAAGCCAUUAACAAGACCACAAUACAGUGACAUAGCAUGUUACUACUUGGCAAAAAGAAAAACCUAGUGAAACGCACACUCUGUUUCUUUCUCUCUCUCUCUAGUUCAUUUUCUCUCACUUUCUCUCAUUUUCUCUCCCAAGAAAAUAAAGUUUUUCAAGACCUUUGAAAAACACAACCAGCUGUGUUUCUUGUUUUGUUCUAUGUGCCUCGCUUUCUCUCUCUAGAUAAAGAAGCAUAGAAUAAAGUGUACCCAUUGAGCAAGAAAGAAUAAGAGAGGGAAAAAAAGGGAAAAGGUCAUUGCUUUGUGUGUUCUUGGUCAUGACCAUGAAGAAGCUAAUAAUGCGCAAUAUUGAUAAUAAUAACAUUUUGGUUGUUUUCCUGUUAUUGGGUUUAUGGGUUUGUUCUGUUAGUUCCUCUGUUUCUUAUGAUUCUAAGGCCAUUACCAUUAAUGGCCAAAGAAGGAUUCUUAUUUCUGGAUCCAUUCACUACCCAAGAAGUUCCCCUGAGAUGUGGCCAGAUCUUAUACAGAAGGCAAAAGAAGGAGGUUUGGAUGUGAUUCAAACUUAUGUUUUUUGGAAUGGACAUGAACCUUCACCUGGAAAAUAUUACUUUGAAGGGAACUAUGAUCUGGUAAAGUUUAUCAAGCUGGUGAAGCAAGCAGGACUAUAUGUUCAUCUCAGGAUUGGACCUUAUGUCUGUGCUGAGUGGAACUUUGGGGGCUUCCCAGUUUGGCUCAAGUACGUUCCAGGUAUAAAUUUCAGAACAGAUAAUGGUCCUUUCAAGGCUCAAAUGCAAAGAUUCACAACAAAGAUAGUUAACAUGAUGAAAGCAGAAAGGUUAUUUGAGUCCCAAGGAGGCCCAAUCAUUUUAUCCCAGAUUGAGAAUGAAUAUGGACCCAUGGAAUAUGAACUUGGUGCACCUGGUCAAGCUUACAGCAAAUGGGCAGCAAAGAUGGCUGUAGGCCUCGGCACUGGUGUCCCAUGGGUCAUGUGCAAGCAAGAUGAUGCUCCUGAUCCAGUUAUUAACACCUGCAAUGGUUUCUACUGCGAUUAUUUCUCCCCAAACAAGCCUUACAAACCCAAGAUGUGGACUGAAGCCUGGACUGGCUGGUUUACUGAAUUUGGUGGUGCAGUUCCUUAUAGACCAGCUGAAGACUUGGCAUUUUCAGUUGCAAGGUUUAUACAGAAGGGGGGAGCUUUCAUAAAUUACUAUAUGUAUCAUGGAGGAACAAAUUUUGGGCGAACUGCUGGUGGUCCAUUCAUUGCUACAAGUUAUGAUUAUGAUGCACCACUUGAUGAAUACGGACUACUAAGGCAGCCAAAAUGGGGCCAUUUAAAGGAUUUACAUAGAGCAAUCAAGCUUUGUGAACCGGCUUUAGUAUCUGGAGCUCCAAGUGUGAUGCCACUUGGAAAUUAUCAAGAGGCUCAUGUAUUUAAAUCAAAGUCCGGAGCUUGUGCAGCAUUCCUUGCAAAUUACAAUCAAAGAUCAUUUGCUAAAGUGUCAUUUGGGAAUAUGCAUUACAACUUGCCUCCUUGGUCUAUCAGCAUUCUUCCAGACUGCAAAAACACUGUUUACAACACUGCAAGGAUUGGUGCGCAAAGUGCACGAAUGAAAAUGAGUCCUAUUCCUAUGCGUGGAGGAUUCUCUUGGCAGGCUUAUAGUGAAGAAGCAUCUACAGAAGGUGACAAUACAUUCAUGAUGGUUGGGUUGCUGGAGCAGAUAAAUACAACUAGAGAUGUCUCAGAUUAUUUGUGGUACUCGACAGACGUUAGGAUUGACUCUAAUGAAGGCUUUUUGAGGAGUGGAAAGUAUCCUGUUCUCACUGUUCUAUCAGCCGGGCAUGCUUUGCAUGUUUUUGUCAAUGGCCAACUAUCAGGAACUGCAUAUGGAAGUUUAGAGUCCCCAAAGUUGACAUUUAGCCAAGGUGUCAAGAUGAGAGCUGGUAUCAACAGAAUUUAUCUUCUCAGCAUUGCUGUUGGUUUGCCGAAUGUCGGUCCACACUUUGAGACAUGGAAUGCUGGUGUCCUUGGGCCUGUAACGUUGAAUGGUCUCAACGAAGGACGGAGGGAUCUGUCUUGGCAGAAGUGGACCUACAAGAUUGGUCUUCAUGGAGAAGCAUUGAGUCUUCAUUCACUCAGUGGGAGUUCAUCAGUUGAGUGGGCACAGGGGUCUUUUGUGUCCAGAAAGCAGCCACUUAUGUGGUAUAAAACCACUUUCAAUGCGCCAGCUGGAAAUUCGCCAUUGGCUUUAGAUAUGGGUAGCAUGGGAAAAGGUCAAGUAUGGAUAAAUGGACAGAGUGUUGGGCGUUACUGGCCUGCAUAUAAAGCAUCUGGUAACUGUGGUGUCUGCAACUAUGCUGGAACCUUUAAUGAGAAGAAAUGCUUGACUAAUUGUGGGGAAGCUUCUCAGAGAUGGUAUCAUGUUCCUCGUUCUUGGCUAAACACAGCAGGGAACUUGUUGGUUGUGUUUGAAGAAUGGGGUGGAGACCCUAAUGGAAUUUCUCUGGUUAGAAGAGAAGUAGACAGUGUCUGUGCUGAUAUUUAUGAGUGGCAGCCAACUUUAAUGAAUUACAUGAUGCAAUCCUCUGGUAAAGUCAACAAGCCCCUCAGGCCUAAAGUCCAUUUGCAAUGUGGCGCUGGGCAGAAAAUCUCAUUAAUUAAGUUUGCUAGCUUUGGAACACCAGAAGGGGUUUGCGGAAGCUACCGUCAGGGAAGCUGUCAUGCCUUCCACUCUUAUGAUGCUUUUAACAGGCUCUGUGUUGGACAGAACUGGUGCUCGGUAACUGUGGCACCUGAAAUGUUUGGAGGUGAUCCAUGUCCAAAUGUCAUGAAGAAACUAGCCGUUGAGGCUGUUUGCAGCUGAUAAUUUUCUUAAACUCCAAGAUAGCAGCUUAAUUUAUAUUAUAUUUUUUGGGUAAAUUAAGCAACUAAGACCGCGACAGCGGCAACAACAACGGCCACCAUUUAUUCAGCUUUUACAGGGUGAAGUUGUACAAAUAUACAGCACACCUGGUUGAAAGCCCAUGUAGAAUGUGAAAAUGAUUGGGGGAUAAUCUUUAUGUGUAUAUAAAGCUAGCCAGUCUUUAAUGUUUGUGUUCUUCAUGCUGCACGCAAGUGAAAGAGCAAGGUUUGGCAGAAGCACAUUGUGACGAAACUAAUAGAGUCCAUGUGCACAUUUUACUAGUUUUAGAAUGUGGAAAGCCUCUGGUUUCCAGGUUCUGUAAUCCUUAGAUAUACAUUUUUUUUCUUUCCAUGUAAAGCAAUUUGAUCCAUUGCUUUGCUCUUGUAAGAAAGUUUCUUGAGGUUGAGGAAAAGAUACCUUAGCUCAUCAAUUGUGUCCCUUGUAUUAUGAUCAGAUUUAAGACUUCUGCUAUUCACAUUUCUUGA